UUUUUGUCGAUUUGGAAUCAUUUCAUUUUGGUGUGUUUUUUGGGAAUUUUGUGUUGUUUGUUGUUUGUGCUGUGCUGUUUUGUUUUGCUUGUUUUGCUUUGGUUUGUUUUUUGAAUAAUUUUUCUGGCUGAAUCAAUCAUGAAUAUGUUAUAUGCAAUAUUGUUAAUGUUAUUGCCAUUGGCAUUAUCGCAACCAUUAACACCAACAAAUUAUUUACAACAGGAUCCACAUUCAAUUACAUUACAUCAAUUAUUAGUACAACAUGGUAUACAAGAUGGUCAAAUGGCAUUGGUUAUGGUUGCACCAUUAAAUGCUGAACAAGCAUUACAAGCUAAUGCUGGUACAUUACAAAAUCAAUUUUUAAAUCGACCACUGUUAGUACAAUCACCUGCACAAGAAGUUAAUGUACAUUAUCGUUCACAAUCAGCACCAUUGAAUGUACAACAUACACAUGUUCCAGCACCAAAACCAGAACUUCAAUUAUCGCGUUCGGAAGAAGAACCACAUCGUUUAGUACAUGAAAUUGUUAGGCCAGUUAUACAAGAAGUACGUGAAAUUAUUCAACCAUAUCGACGAAUUGUACAGGAAAUUCGUCCAGUACAAGAAGAAGUUGUACAAAAAAUUGCCAAAAAUGCUAACAUUCAUUAAAACAUGACAAAUGGAAACAUCUUGAUGGGAAACAUUUUUCUGCAAA